AUUUCAGUUUUUUAUUUUACUUUUUGUAAGGCUCUGAAACAGGCACUAUUCUGAAAUAUUCUAAAAAGGUCUUUAUAAUAAUCAGAGAUCCUUGCAGAUUUAGCUAGACAUACAGUGUAUUUGGUGACCACUGAACCAUUUGUUAACUAGUGCGGUCCUAGAGAAGUUUAUUAAGAAAUAACGAGGAAUUGACUUAUUUUUAUUUUGAUACAAUGGAGGUGAUUAUUACAGUCAAUGAGGGAUUUAACCAUCAACAUAAUUAUAUUGAGCAACGUAAAAAGAUGUUCUCUCCACUUCACGAACAUCCCUUGGAGCAAGUUAAUCCUUUGGAAGUGUACCAAUUAUAUAGAGGACGGUGGAAGUGCGACCAUUGCAAUUCUGAAAGUGGUGCAAUAGGUACGUAUCCCUUCCAUUGUAGACAGUGUUCUUUUGACCUGUGCUAUUCUUGUAUGCACAUGCAACAUCUGGGAAGCAACUUGAUUCAUCGGCAUCAGCUGCAUUACAUGGAAACCAGCCGUCUGGUUUAUCAAAAUGAAGGAGGAAUUUGGCGGUGUGAUGUUUGCAAAAAGACAAGUGAUGAAUUGAGAGAAACAUUCUCAUACCACUGCCCAACCUGCGGUGACUUUGAUGUUUGUCGUAGCUGUAACGAGCCCAAGAGGCACCCUAUCCAUGUUCACGAACUUAAAGUGGUUGACACAUCACUAAUCUAUCUUCAGUCUGGUGGGAACUGGGUUUGUGACAUCUGUGGGAAUAUGAGCAGGCCAUAUGAAAAGUAAGUGAAACAUUCAGAUUAUUUUGAUAUCCCAUAUCUAGUGUUUCUACCUCAGAAUGAAAAGGAGGAAGGGUGUCGCAUUGAUCUUUUGAGUAAUGAGAAUAGAAUAGAAUAGAAUCUUUAUUUAUACGCGAUAAGAAUUAAAGCUAAAAAGCUUGUGGGGUCGUUUACUUAACAAAAUAGUAUCUAGCCAACUAUUCAUUGUACUAAGACACAUUUCAAACUAAGUAAGAAACUAUAAUACAGUAAAACAUUCAAUUUUCCUCUCAACUUAAAAAUACUUGUUAUCAGUUAUCUAUUCCUAGCCGUCAAACCUGAUAAACUAGUAAAUGUGAAGCUUGUGAAGUGAUUAUUUCUCCUGAGUAGCCUCCUAAGAUUCUUAAGGGCGAAGCUACCUACAUUUUUGACAUGAUGGUUAACUUAGUUCCAUAGUACCUAACCUCUAUAUGCUAAAGAGUCCUUUAACAAUCUAGUGUUGAAUCUAGGUAAUAUGUUUAUUGCUUCUUGGUCUCUUAGUAAAUAGCUACAUUCCUGCCUUAUGAAUAUGCUAUUAAUCAGAGACUGAGGUUGUGAGACUUUACUUGCUCUAUAAAAAAGGUUAACUUUUUGAAAUAUGUAUUCUAAAUUUAUCAUAUCCUAUCCUGAAACAUUGAGAGCUACAUUAGAUUCCGUAUCUUUGGAUAAGUUGUAGACAAUUUUUGCUGCUCUACAGUGAAGUUUCUCAAUUGAGUACAGAAGAUCCGAAUUUGUACACGAACCCCAUAAUAUAAUACCAUACUUCACAGAAGGUAAUAUUACACUAAAAUAAAACUUUAAAAGGACAUUUUUGGGCAAGAACCUUGAGCGCUUC